AGAAUUAGGUAUUUAGGUCUCUCUGUUUUGUCCUCAUUUCCGUUCUCUGCGACCACCUUCGUCUCUCUCCUCUCCUCCCGUUUACUUUGUUUUCCGUUUUCCGGCGUUGCUCAAAAAGUUGAAAAAAUGGGUUCAUCGACGCUCAAUCGUUGGUUGAGACCUGAGGUGUAUCCUCUGUUUGCCGCCGUUGGUGUCGCCGUCGGAAUCUGCGGGAUGCAAUUGAUCCGUAACAUCAGUAGCAAUCCUGAAGUCAGAGUGAACAAGGAAAAUAGAGCUGCCGGUGUGCUAGAUAACUUUGCUGAAGGCGAAAAGUACGCUGAGCAUUCGUUAAGGAAAUUCGUUCGCAACAAGGAUCCGGAGAUUAUGCCAUCCAUCAAUUCCUUCUUUGCAGACCCGAAAUAGACACUUAUUUCUGGCGUAAAACAAAAACCAGUUGGUUCAAGAUUUCCUUUGUAAGAUAGAAGCCUUUGCAAAUUCUUGAAGCCAUAUUUGUGUUUGGAAAAAAACAGAUGAUCGUUGAAAUCCGACUUGAUGUUUUUAGGUUUUGCUUUUGGUUUGACAACCUAGCUCUGAAUGCUACUUCUAUGUGAGAUAAUACUGGUUUGGUUUGGUUUGGUUUGGUUUAACA